AUGCGCGUUAGAUCUCAGGCGUCGGGCAAAGACGAAAGCAGGACGAGCAGUGUCGCUCUAUCUGGGAAAGAGGCUCACGAGUACGAGAUCUCACAGGUAGAGGACACGAUACAAGAAUCCCCCGCGACCUGGCACGAGCUCCACGACUACUACACACGCUACCCUAAUGCUUGGGCUCGGUUCCGGGACUUCAUUCGUGAGCCUGCGGCUGAAGCAUUGGGCACCAUGAUCCUCAUUGUAUUUGGCAAUGGUGUGGACUGUCAGGUUGUACUGUCCGGCAACACCGGAGUAGCGCCGUCGGCAAAAGGCGAAUACCUCUCCAUCUCAUUCAUAUGGGCCGUCGGCGCCGCUCUAGGCGUCUGGGUGUCGGCGGGCAUCUCUGGCGGGCAUUGCAACCCGGUCAUCACUCUCGCACUCGCAAUGUUCCGCGGCUUUUCUUGGAAAAAGGUUCCAGGGUACUGGCUUGGUCAGCUCUUCGGUGCCUGGCUGGGUGCUAUGCUCACUUAUGCCAACUACUUCCACGCUAUCGACAUCUUCGAGGGUGGUAAGGGCGUCCGCACAGUCCCCGGCACGGCCUCACUCUUCGCUGUGUAUUCGCUCAACUAUAUGCCGUCGGCUGCUUGCUUCUUUGACGAGUUCUUGGGAACGUUCAUCCUCGUGGUGGUGGUAUUCGCUGUAACCGACAAGCAUAACGGUCCACCUCCCGCCGGCCUGCUUCCUCUCGUCAUCUUUCUCCUUGUCCUCGGUUUGGGCGCGGGAUGGGGCAUGCAGACAGGCUACGCCAUCAAUCCUGCAAGAGAUCUCGGCCCGAGAAUCAUGACGUCUAUGGUCGGCUAUGGUAGCGCAGUAUACAACUAUCGCAGUCAGUUCUGGCUGUGGUGCAUCGUCUGCGGUCCACUAGCAGGUGGACUCACGGGGGCGCUCUUCUACGACCUCUUCAUCUUCACGGGUGGAGAGAGUUGGGUCAAUCGCCCAAGCGCUUCAGCUCGCAGACACUUUGCCAGAGCACCUCCCGGCGAACGUCCCAACCCCAUCGCGGGACCGACUGUCGACACGGAAGAAAGACCGAACGUUGAAGUUGUUUGA